UCUGUUGCUCUGCCGCCGUCCACGCUCGCUGCAAGGGAGGGGGCACAGAAUUUACCGCGGCAAGAACAUCCCUCCCGGCCAGCAGAUUACAAUGCUGCAAACUAAGGAUCUCAUCUGGACUUUGUUUUUCCUGGGAACUGCAGUUUCUCUGCAGGUGGAUAUUGUUCCCAGCCAAGGAGAAAUCAGCGUUGGAGAGUCCAAAUUCUUCUUAUGCCAAGUGGCAGGAGAUGCCAAAGAUAAAGACAUCUCCUGGUUCUCCCCCAACGGAGAAAAGCUCACCCCAAACCAGCAGCGGAUCUCCGUGGUGUGGAACGAUGACUCCUCUUCCACCCUCACCAUCUACAACGCCAACAUUGACGAUGCCGGCAUUUACAAGUGCGUGGUCACUGCAGAGGAUGGCAGUGAGUCCGAGGCCACGGUCAACGUGAAGAUCUUCCAGAAGCUCAUGUUCAAGAAUGCGCCAACCCCACAGGAGUUCAGGGAGGGGGAGGAUGCUGUGAUCGUGUGUGAUGUGGUCAGCUCCCUCCCUCCAACCAUCAUCUGGAAACACAAAGGCCGAGAUGUCAUCCUGAAAAAAGAUGUCCGAUUCAUAGUCCUGGCCAACAACUACCUGCAAAUCCGAGGCAUCAAGAAAACAGAUGAGGGUACUUACCGCUGUGAGGGCAGGAUCCUGGCCCGGGGGGAGAUCAACUUCAAGGACAUUCAGGUCAUUGUGAACGUGCCACCCACCGUCCAGGCCAGACAGAGCAUAGUGAACGCCACCGCCAACCUCGGCCAGUCCGUCACCCUGGUGUGCGAUGCUGAAGGCUUCCCAGAGCCCACCAUGAGCUGGACAAAGGACGGGGAGCAGAUAGAGAAUGAGGAAGACGAAAAGUACCUCUUCAGCGACGACAGCUCUGAGCUGACCAUCAGGAGGGUGGACAAGAACGACGAGGCCGAGUACGUCUGCAUCGCUGAGAACAAGGCUGGCGAGCAGGAUGCCUCUGUCCACCUCAAGGUCUUCGCAAAACCCAAAAUCACUUACGUAGAAAACCAGACCGCCAUGGAACUGGAGGAGCAGGUCACUCUUACCUGUGAAGCCUCGGGAGACCCCAUUCCCACAAUCACCUGGAGAACUUCCACCCGAAAUAUCAGCAGCGAAGAAAAGGCUUCGUGGACUCGACCAGAGAAGCAAGAGACUCUGGACGGGCACAUGGUGGUGCGUAGCCACGCCCGCGUGUCAUCCUUGACCUUGAAGAGCAUCCAGUACACAGAUGCGGGAGAGUACGUCUGCACUGCCAGCAACACCAUCGGCCAGGACUCCCAGUCCAUGUACCUCGAAGUGCAAUAUGCCCCCAAGCUGCAGGGCCCCGUGGCGGUGUACACUUGGGAGGGGAACCAGGUGAACAUCACCUGCGAGGUGUUCGCCUAUCCCGGUGCCACGAUCUCGUGGUUCCGAGACGGUCAGCUGCUGCCCAGCUCCAACUACAGCAACAUCAAGACCUACAACACCCCCUCCGCCAGCUACCUGGAGGUGACCCCGGACUCUGAAAAUGAUUUUGGAAACUACAACUGUACCGCAGUGAAUCGCAUCGGACAGGAGUCUCUGGAAUUCAUCCUUGUCCAAGCAGACACCCCAUCUUCACCCUCCAUCGACGGGGUGGAGCCGUACUCCAGCACAGCACAGGUGCAGUUUGAUGAGCCCGAGGCCACCGGCGGGGUGCCCAUCCUCAAGUACAAGGCUGAGUGGCGAGCACUGGGCGAGGAGGUGUGGCACUCCAAGUGGUAUGAUGCCAAAGAAGCCAGCAUGGAGGGCAUCGUCACCAUCGUGGGCCUAAAGCCCGAGACGACGUACGCAGUCCGCCUGGCAGCGCUCAACGGGAAGGGCCUGGGCGAGAUCAGCACCGCCUCCGAGUUCAAGACACAGCCCGUCCGGGAACCCAGCGCACCUAAGCUCGAAGGGCAGAUGGGAGAGGAUGGAAACUCUAUUAAGGUGAACCUGAUCAAGCAGGAUGACGGCGGCUCCCCCAUCAGACACUACCUGGUCAAGUACCGAGCGAAGCUGUCCUCCGAGUGGAAACCAGAGAUCAGGCUCCCAUCUGGCAGUGACCACGUCAUGCUCAAGUCCCUGGACUGGAAUGCCGAGUAUGAGGUCUACGUGGUGGCUGAGAACCAGCAGGGAAAGUCCAAGGCGGCUCACUUUGUGUUCAGGACCUCGGCCCAGCCCACAGCCAUCCCAGCCAACGGCAGCCCCACCUCCGGCCUGAGCACCGGCGCCAUCGUGGGCAUCCUUGUUGUCACCUUCGUCCUGCUCCUAGUGGCUGUGGACGUCACCUGCUACUUCCUGAACAAGUGUGGCCUGCUCAUGUGCAUCGCCGUCAACCUGUGCGGAAAAGCGGGGCCCGGAGCCAAGGGCAAGGACAUGGAGGAGGGCAAAGCCGCCUUCUCGAAAGAUGAAUCCAAGGAGCCCAUCGUGGAGGUGCGAACUGAGGAGGAGCGGACCCCAAACCACGACGGAGGGAAACACACAGAGCCCAACGAGACCACGCCGCUGACGGAGCCCGAGCUGCCUGCUGACACCACAGCCACUGUCGAGGACAUGCUGCCUUCUGUCACCACCGUCACCGCUAACUCUGACACUAUCACCGAAACCUUUGCCACUGCUCAGAACAGCCCCACCAGUGAGACCACCACCCUGACCUCCAGUAUUGCCCCCCCGGCCACGGCCACCCCUGAGUCAAACUCUAUGCCCGCCGGCCAGGCCACCCCUUCCAAGGGGCCCGGCGUAGCCGCCGCCUCCCCACCCCCGGCCUCAGCCCCCAAGGUUGCCCCCCUCGUUGAUCUGAGCGACACCCCGACCUCAGCCCCUGCUGCCAGCAACUUGUCCUCUAGUGUCCUGGCUAAUCAGGGGGCUGUGCUCAGCCCCAGCGCCCCUGCCAGUGCAGGCGAGGCCCCCAAGGCCCCUCCGGCCAGCAAGCCGGUCCCCCCCUCGGCCGGGGCAGCCGGUCCCCUAGCAGCAGCAGCAGCUCCCCCGGCCCCAGAAGCCCCCCAGGCCAAGCAGGAGGCUCCCGGCACCACAGGCCCGGACUCCGAGCCCACCCAGCCCGGCGCCGCGAAGAGCCCGGCCGAGGCAGCCAAGGCCCCCGCUAGCCCGAAGAGCGAGGCUGCCUCCGUCAGCACCACAAACCCUGCCCAGGGCGAGGACUUUAAAAUGGACGAAGGGAACUUCAAGACCCCAGAUAUUGACCUUGCAAAGGAUGUUUUUGCAGCCCUGGGCUCUCCUGCUCCCGCCGCUGGGGCCAGUGGACAAGCCCCUGAGCUUGCUCCUUCCACUGCCGACAGUUCUGUUCCACCUGCACCAGCAAAAACCGAGAAGGGCCCUGUAGAAGCAAAGUCGGAGUGCCAGGAGACAGAAACGAAGCCAGCGCCAGCCGAAGUCAAGACGGUCCCCAACGACGCCACACAGACAACGGAGAACGAGAGCAAAGCAUGAUGGGUGACAAGACACCAGCAAAGAUCAAAAUAAAAAGUGACACAACAGCUUCACCAGAGCAUCUCCAAUAUCACACACACACACACACACACACAUCUCAUUCCUCUAGUGUCUUUUGCCUUUAAAAAAAAAAAAAGAAACUAAACAGAUCAACAUGGGAUCCCCUUUUUGUAGAUUUAUAGAAAGGGUUUCUUUGUUGCCCACUCACUUGUAAGAAAAUGAGACAAAAAGGUGAAACCCACAGCCAAACUAGGACACUCCGUUCCCUGAAACCAUUUAAAAAUCAAACAAAAGGACCCCAAAUUAAGAAGCUAGAAAGCUCAGAAAAAAACCCAGAAAUCUAGGUUCAGGAAGACCGCACUUGGUGUUGCUCAAUUGGCACAGACAAGGUUCAGAGAAAUACUUCCAGGCACUAAGACUAACCGAAUGAACAAAGUCCAAGUUUAUUUUUAUACUUUCAGUCGAGUUUGAACUCUGUAAAACCUCAUAAAUAAGUUAUAAUUUCUGUUCACUUUGUAUUUGUUCAGUAUGCAAAGUGUGUCACCUUCCUAGCUGAAUUCAAUUCCCACAUAGACUCUUGUUUUGUAGGAAGAAUGCCAGAUUGCAGCUUCUGGGAGUAGAUCUCAAUUUGCAGUAUUCGGAUUUCUUUUCCUUUCCUUUUCUUUUUCGUUCUUCUUCUUUUUUUUUUCUUUUUAUUAUUCUUUCUGCCAACUUUGUUUUCCAGUGUUUACAAGUUGACAAAUGUCUGACUUUGGUUGUGCUUCAAUGUCCAUGUAAAACAGCUGCCUUUCUUUCUUUUUUUUUUAAAGUUACAAAUACUGCCUAGAGGUGGGUAGGGUCAUCACAAGACAACUUUAUGAAAUAUGAUUGUUUACAGUGGCUCUCCCCACCCCCACCCCCAAUUCUGAUUUGAAGAUUUUUGCCUGAGUGUGCAACUCAGGUGAAAAAAAUCCAUCUCGUUUUGGAAUGGUUUUGCUUUUGGGUUUUCGGUUCUUUUUUUGUUUCCUUGGGGGUUAGACCACUUCUGAUUAACCACCACCUGCCUGUAUCUGUGAAAAGGAUCUGCUCCCCAGGCGUCCCCGUCCUUCCUUUUGAAGGACCCUUAGGCUUUGUUGAAUGAAGCAGAGAAGAUUGUAUAGUUGGGGCUGGUCUUGGUGAACACACGUUUUUACCCCAAACAUCCCCUUUUUGUAGAAAGCCAAAUAAAAUAUAUACAUACAAUUUCCUUUUGAGCCCGGAAUCUAGAUUUGAGCGGAAGAGCAUGUGUGCUUCAGGGAAUUAGUGUCUUUUUUUGGAAAUCUGUUGAAGUGAAAUAACAUCGGCCUUCUGUUCACUUAGGCAGCAUUUGUAGAAACAAAAGAAAAGGAAAAAAAAAAAAAAAACCCAAGCUGCUGUUUGGAGUCAUAACACAACUUUCCUGGAUUGGAAACCAAGUGGGGAAAAAAAGAUACAGAAACUUUAAGGGGGAUGGGAGGGGGGAGAAGGGAAAAGCCAGCCCUUUGUAUAGAAAUUUGCUUUUUUUUCCUCAUUCUACUUUAGAACUGCAAGCUUGUGCACUGUGGAUGCGUGAAUAUUUUAGUGUGAAACGUGUUUUUGUCAUAGUAUUGAAAUAAAACUUCAACAUAGUUUGGUUGUGGAAGGUUUAGCAGAUAGUUCAGAAAAAAAAUAUUCAGGAAACAAAAAUAACUUUUAAAAGGAACUGAAGCCUUUAAACAAAGAAAAUGAAAGAAAAGUGAUUAUGAUGAUGAAGAUGACAGUAAGUCAGCAGAAAUCAGAAUUCUGUAGGUACCUUUCCUGAGGUACCAAAGAGCAAGAGUUUAGGAUGGCAAGAGUGCCCCCGAGUCUGAUCUGUGGGCCACACUCCCCAAUGUUCUGACACUUCUGCAGUCUGAUCAGUGGCGCUUUGCUAGACGAACACUUCAAACUGUGAAAAAUAACGGUCUUAUCAUUUGCUAAAUGUGGGGUUAUUUUGCAUUUUCUCAGCUCUUGGGGAUGGAAGUGGAGGAUCCCAGGAUACACAGCUCUGGCCCUUUUGAUCCUCGGGCCUGCACAAAUCUAGGGUUCGAAUGCACAGGCCCUCAGGAACGAGUCAGGGGAAGACAGUUCUUAGAGCACACAGCAGAUGGGAGCUCCUGGGCGGCUGAGACGGGAGGACCCAGCGGUGGGGUGAUGGGCACUUCCGGUCCCCAGGUUGUCAGUGGAAUCAAUUCCUCAUCUUGUGAUGUUAAUGGCUUCAACCACCUCGGCCGAGCCCACACUAUACCUCAUCAAGACUGUGCAUUUCACUCCUAGUGGUUGUGGUCAAGUAAACUGAUUUUGGUUCUGAUGGUUAGGAAAAGGAAGAGGCAUGAUCGAGCCUCAGAUCACCUGGCCCAGGGCAGCUGACUGCCCUGCCUCCCCCCAACCCCGUCCCCUGAACCCUGGCUCUGCCAUUAUCUGGAACCCAAGACUCUGCCCACCUUUUGUUCGGCCUCUUUCCCAUUAUACAUAGAUCUGUCUCUGCAUGCGCGAGCUUUCCUUUCUUUGGGAAAAACAAAAAACAAAAAAACAGAGCGAUGCUUUCUCUAAAAUCAAAGAGAGAGUCACUUUAUUUUCAAGAUGUUCUAUCUUUUAUGUUAAGAGAUCAAAGCUUAUAGUUUACCUUUUUUAAUUUUUCGAAGGAGGGGUCACUCUGCCAGUUUCCCGUGUCUGUGUGUCUAUCUGUGUAUGUCAUACAUAUGUAUCUGCAUAAAUAAAUACCGGCGUGGCCAGGUUCUGCUGGAGGGGCACUCGAGUGCCGUGUGCGGGGCCCCCAAACCCUGAAGGGCCGUGGUGUAUAUAGUGCAGCUUUCGAAGUGGAACGCUACUUUCACACUUUUCUAUGGAGCCUUCCAAGUCCCAGGUUUUCACGGUAGGCUGUCUGUCCGGAUGGUGGUUAUCGGACCUCCAUUCAUUUCUACCCGGCAUUCCCGACUCUGGGGGCCUUCUCUCUUGUUAUAAACUUUUUACCAAGUGAAAUAUCGAUACCACCUUUGUUUCCAUUCUCACUGGUGUAAAUACUGAGUACUAACUGAGAAUUUUGACUUUGCAUUCUGUCAGAAUACUUGUGUUCAAUAAAAAUUGAAAGAAAAAAAAAA